GGCCGCGCCAGUGAGCAGCGCCCGGUGCCCGCUCCGGCCCCAGCAUGGGCAACAGCGCGGGACGCAGCGACUUCGAGUGGGUCUACACCGACCAGCCGCACACGCAGCGGCGCAAAGAGAUGCUCGCCAAGUACCCGGCCAUCAAGGCCCUGAUGCGGCCGGACCCGCACCUCAAGUGGACGGUGCUGGGGCUGGUGCUGGCGCAGCUGCUGGCCUGCUGGCUGGUGCGGACGCUGGCGUGGCGCUGGCUGCUCUUCUGGGCCUACGUCUUCGGCGGCUGCGUGAACCACUCGCUGACGCUGGCCAUCCACGACAUCUCGCACAACGUCGCCUUCGGCACGGGCUUCGCCGCCCGCAACCGCUGGUUUGCCAUCUUCGCCAACCUGCCCGUGGGCCUGCCCUACGCCGCCUCCUUCAAGAAGUACCACGUGGACCACCACCGCUACCUAGGUGGCGACGGGCUGGACGUGGACGUGCCCACGCGCCUCGAGGGCUGGUUCUUCUGCACGCCCGCUCGCAAGCUGCUCUGGCUGGCGCUGCAGCCCUUCUUCUACUCGCUGCGGCCGCUCUGCGUGAACCCCAAGGCCGUGACCCGCAUGGAGGUGCUCAACACCCUGGUGCAGCUGGCAGCCGAUGCCGCCAUCUUUGCCCUGUGGGGGCUCAAACCCGUGGCCUACCUGCUGGCCAGCUCUUUCCUGGGCCUGGGCCUGCACCCCAUCUCGGGCCACUUUGUGGCCGAGCACUACAUGUUCCUCAAGGGCCAUGAGACCUACUCCUACUACGGGCCUCUCAACUGGAUCACCUUCAACGCGGGCUACCACGUGGAGCACCACGACUUCCCCAGCAUCCCCGGCUGCAACCUGCCCCUGGUGCGGAAGAUCGCGCCCGAGUACUACGACCACCUGCCGCAGCACCUCUCGUGGGUGAAGGUGCUCUGGGAUUUUGUGUUUGAGGACUCCCUGGGGCCCUACGCCAGGGUGAAGCGGGUGUGCAAGCUGGCGGAGGACCGUCUGUGAGCC